AUGCACGGAAGGUAUGUCGAGAGAUCGAGUGGCGCGCCGCGAGAGAAGCGAGGUUUGGAUUCGGCUUCGGCCGAAGAAGGUCAACCUGAUCGGAAACGACCUGCUUUGGCUAGUGUAAUUGUUGAAGCCCUGAAGGUUGACAGUCUGCAGAAACUUUGCUCAUCACUGGAGCCUAUUCUACGCAGAGUUGUUAGUGAAGAAGUCGAGCGUGCUUUGGCAAAACUAUGCCCUGCCAAGCUUGCUGACAGGUCUUCCCCAAAGCGAAUAGAAGGCCCUGAUGGCACAAAUUUACAAUUGCAGUUCAGGACCAGGCUGUCCCUUCCCCUCUUUACUGGUGGAAAGGUGGAGGGCGAGCAAGGUUCAGCCAUUCAUGUUGUUUUGAUUGAUGCAAACACUGGCAACAUUGUCACAUCAGGGCCAGGGUCAUGUGUCAGGCUUGAUGUUAUUGUACUGGAGGGAGAUUUCAACAAUGAGGAUGAUGAUAAUUGGAAUGAAGAAGAAUUUGAUAGUCAUAUUGUGAAAGAGAGGGAAGGAAAAAGGCCUCUUUUAACUGGUGAUCUGCAACUCACACUGAAGGAGGGUCUAGGAACACUGGGUGAGCUCACAUUUACAGACAACUCUAGCUGGAUAAGGAGUAGGAAGUUCAGGUUGGGGCUGAAAGUUGCCUCAGGUUGUUGUGAGGGAAUGCGGAUCCGUGAAGCCAAAUCAGAACCUUUCACCGUUAAGGAUCAUCGUGGAGAAUUAUACAAGAAACACUACCCUCCUGCCUUGAAUGAUGAGGUCUGGAGACUGGAGAAAAUUGGCAAGGAUGGGUCGUUUCAUAAAAGGCUAAAUAAAGCUGGAGUAUAUACUGUUGAAGAUUUCUUAAGACUUGUGGUCAGAGACCCUCAGAGAUUGCGGAAUAUCCUUGGAAGCGGCAUGUCAAAUAAGAUGUGGGAUAUUCUUGUUGAGCAUGCCAAGACUUGUGUUCUCAGUGGAAAACUUUAUGUAUACUAUCCUGAAGAUGCAAGACAUGUGGGUGUCGUUUUCAAUAAUAUUUAUGAAUUAAGUGGCUUAAUGGCCAACGACCAAUUUUACUCAGCCGAUUCUCUCUCUGAAAAUCAAAAGGUUUAUGUAGACACGUUGGUGAAGAAAGCAUAUGAUAAUUGGAUACAUGUUAUUGAGUACGAUGGGAAGUCUCUGAUAAAUGAUAAUGAGGAUAAGACUUUGGAUACAGCUCAUCCUCAGGCACCAAUGACUUCCCAUGAAUAUUCAAACUCUCUUCAGCAGAUACCCAUCCCAGCUUUGCCACUUCUAGUUCAUGCAGGCCAGCCUUCAAUGGAUUCAGGAGUAACAGUUGGAGGUUAUCAUGAUGGGACAACUUCCAGAUUCUCCUUGCAAUCACAGAAUCCUAGUCUUAACUCUUCCAUUCAAUUUGAUGAUAAUGCAUUUUCACUACAAAACCAGUUGGUGAGUGUUCCACACCAUGCCCAACUUCCAAGAAAUGAAAACGGGCUAACUCUUUGUCCUGCACAAUCAUCCACGCAUGGUUUUGAGCCUGGCAUCAUUUCAAAUCCUACUUAUAGAGGAGUUGAAGAAUACUUCCCAGAGGAGGAAAUUCGUAUUAGAAGUCAUGAGAUGCUAGAAACUGAAGAUAUGCAGCAUCUACUCCGUAUGUUUAACAUGGGAGGCCAACCACAUCCUACCUUCAAUGGCCACGAUGAUGGGUACCCUAGUUCAUCUUCGGCAAAUCCCAUGGGUUACAAUUUUGAUGAUGAACCAAAUCGUUCCUCAGGCAAAGCUGUUGUAGGCUGGCUCAAGCUGAAGGCAGCUUUAAGAUGGGGCAUUUUUAUUCGGAAGCAGGCUGCAGAGAGACGGGCACAACUUGUUGAAUUGGACGACCCAUAG